AUGCCGGAGCGGGGAUGCGCAGGCGCCGGCGGCGGUGUGACGUCACGCUUGCCGCCGCCACCGCCACAGCCCGCCGAGAAUCCUCAAACGCUACCCUCACGCGGCACGCUCCGAUGCUGCGGUGCUAGCGACCGAUCAUCAGGUCGGUGUCGAUGGCCGCGGACGUCACCGGCGGUGUGCGGCGGGGUGUUGCGGGGGACGCCGUCUUCGCGAUCGGCGCUGGAGGCGUUUGAGCGGGAACUCGGGCGUGGCGCGGCGAAAAUCGCGUGCCGCACUCGUGACGUCAUCACGGCGUACGACCUCUCGGCGACGUGGAAACGGAAAGGGAACGCGAAGCGGGCGCGCAACCGUCGGCGGACGCGCCCCGUC